AUGCAUUAUUUUGUUACUUCAGCAAAUCGUUCUUCUAUUUCUUCGGUGUUAUCCGUCUAUCGAUUUGCCUCAAUCAUUCUUCAUCAAAUUCUCCUUUCGUGGAUUCUCGUCGUCAUUUUUGCGAUUGCAUAUUUGAGACCAAACGUGUUGAUGUGGAUGUGCGGAAUUUGUCUGAUAGCCACAACUCUCAACCUUGCCAUUCUUUUUCAUCUCCGAUCGCAUUACAAGCAAGUGAAGGGAAAAGCUCAAUCCAAUGCGCAACGCAAAGCUCAGCGCAACCUUCAAAUCUCUCUACUUAUCUCAUCAAUUUGGCCGAUGAUUACACAGGGAUUCACCGCCUAUCAAGUGACUGCUGCUUUGAACAAAUCGCCUAUCCCGUGGUACAUCAACACACCGUGCUCAUUGCUCACAAGGUGUACCUCGUUUUUCUCCAUUGCAAUGCCAUUUCUCUUCAUUCGCGCGUUUCAAGGCGAUCUCAAUUUUUGCUACAUCUACACACAGACACCCAUGAUCUGGGAUGACGCGAAGCAAUAUUGUGCGAGUAAUGGUGCCAGUCUUGUCUCCAUUCAUAACGCUUUCCAGAAUGGUUUGCUCGGACAGCUCACAGCCAAUUUGACAGGCAGUACGACAAUUUGGAUUGGUGCCUAUGUGGUGCGGAGCGAGGUUUUUGAGCAUGAGUACUUCAGCUGGGUUUGGGAUGAUGACACGAAUUGGGACUACGAUCGAACAAAAGACACAAAUCCCGACCAAGUGGGCUAUCUGAACUCUUCAGACGGGCAAUGGUAUGGAACGGAUCGAGGGGAUCGACAACCGACUCUAUGUGUUUACGCGGCACUUGAUCCCACUCAGCCAAUCACCACACUCGCACCUGGGUGUUUGCCAGCCACUCAACAACCACUCUACAAUUGUCGUGAUGGGUGGCAGUAUUCUCCGGAGACCGGCUAUCAAUAUUUGGUUGCUUUCGACAAGAAUUUCACUGACGGUGAGGCGUUUUGUGUGACUCAAGGAGCGCAUCUCGUCUCCAUUCACAGUGCAGCCGAAAACGAUUUCGUUCGAAGACUUUGCUGUACUUCGGAUGGCUCCUACCUCGAUCAUAUCGGCCAACGGGACAACGCUAAAUAUUUGACUGGAGGACAAUGGUCCAAUGAUCAAUUCACGUGGACUGACGGAACACCGUGGGAUUUUAACGCGACAUUUUGCGAUCAAGGCACUCUUGUGGACCCGUUACACUACACAAUGCAGGUGACCAAUUGGAUCGGAUCGGAGGAGUGUAAUGUGCCCUCGGAGUGGUGGUGGGAGGUAAUCUACGAGCCGAUAUCCGAUCCCACAACCGCUUACGUUGUCUGCAAGAAGAAA